UUAAAAUAUACAGAGCGGGAGAUUCAAGAUGGCCGAUGACCCAAACAACACGGAAAUAUCUAAUAAAAUGGAAACAUCAUCACUUGAAAACGAAAUAAAACCUGGAAAACGAAUGAAGGCAUUGCGAGACGUCAUGAGCAAAACAAUAUCGUCUUACACGAAUAACUUGAGGUUGAUAAAGAGAUUGAAUAAUGUGGACAGCAAAAUCUUAAAACAACUAGAAAAAGACACAGUUUCACAGCUGAAAGGCAAUAUUCAGACGGAGCUGGAGCAGAUGUUUGAGGAAGAGCAGGUGGAGCCUCUUCUCAACAACCUUGACACCUUGGCAGACCACACACCCUCACACAACACAGCAUGGCGACCUUGCGGUGAUGUACGGAAUGACUCUGUGGCCCACCUUGCGGCCCUCAAUCGGGAGAAGCUGAAGGUGCUACAGGGACAGCUAUCAGAGCUGGAGGCACAGAACAGGCUCAUGGUACAUAAGGUCGGCAAGAGGGAAGAACACCUGUUUAGGACCAAGGACAAGAUCAUCAACUGCACACAUGAUUUUAAACAGACCCUAAUGGAAGAGAAUGCUUUGAUAAAAAGCUUGUCAGGGAGGUGAAGCAGUCAACAUAAUCUGAAAUAGAACUCCUCCCAGAAAAGGGACCCACAGCAAAGGGACACACGGAAUGCCACUGGAGCAAAUUCACGUUGUAGAAUAACGCAUGGAUUCAUGCACCCAUCUUUCAGUAAAGGAGGACAAAAUGAUCUAGUUUCCAGUUUGGGCCCAUAUUCUAAACUCCACGGAACCUUAGUGUAUUAUUAUCAAUUACUUUGCAGUUGAUAUAUCACUCAAUUGUUGGGAAAUAUAAUAACUGUUUACAUUUUAAUGUUUAUUUUAAAACUGAUAUUAAAUGAUUAUGUAUAAUAAUAAAAUAUUUUAAAAAUAU